UGAAUUAGGGAGACAAAUAAAGGAGAUAUUAUUAUUCAUCUCCUUCACAUAAUGUUUUUCCUCUCACUAUAUAUAUGAAUGCAAACUAUAACAACUAAAUAAAAACAAAAAACAACCAAGAGUGAAAGAUAUAAACACACAUCGUCAUCAACAAAACAAAAAGCAUAUUAAUAUAUUAAAGAAUGGUGGUCUCUACUAUUAAUGGUACUUCACCUUUGUCACAUUCCAAUGGCACAACAAUACCCCUCUCUACUUUCUCACGCAAUUCCUUUGUCAAUGUUGAGAAGGGUGAUCCAGUGGCAUUCCGGCCAUAUUGGGAGAAGGUGAGAGAUGAAUGUACGGUAGAUAUAAAAGGUGACGAAUGGAUGAGUUACCUUGGUGAUACAAACAACUUAUGUUGGUAUAUGGUGCCACAAAUGAGGGAUGCAAUUUUGAGGCUCCACAAUGUGGUCGAUAAUGCUGUCACAAAAGAUAAGUUCUUAGUAUUAGGGACAGGUUCUUCUCAACUCUACCAAGCUCUUCUUUAUGCACUCUCUCCUUCAGAAUCCUCUCAUCGUCCCAUUAAUGUUGUUGCUGCUGCACCUUAUUAUUCGGAAUACAAAGACGCAACCGAUAUCUUGCAAUCAAGGCUAUUUCAAUGGACCGGUGAUGCUGCUCUGUAUGAUAAAGAUGAACCUUACAUAGAGGUUGUGACCUCCCCAAACAACCCUGAUGGGACUCUUCGUGUACCGGUAGUGAACUCUGGAGUUGAAGGGAAAAUCAUUUAUGACUUGGCCUAUUACUGGCCGCAAUACACUCCCAUUACUUAUCAGCUUGACCAUCAUGUUAUGGUCUUCACAUUCUCCAAAUGCAUCAGUCAUGCUGGUUCGCGUAUCGGGUGGGCAUUUGUAAAAGACAUUGAAGUUGCUAAAAAGAUGAUAAGAUUCGUACAGUUAAACUCCAUUGGCGUGUCAAGAGAAUCCCAAAUUCGAGCUGCUAAGAUGAUUGGAGUGAUUUGUUAUGGUUACAAAAAUUUAAAGUCCAUUGAAUUUGAUCACCUCUUUUUUGAUUAUUGCAAAAGACUCAUGAAAGAAAGGUGGGAGAAAUUUAAGGGAGCUAUUGAGAAAAGCAAGGUUUUUACCUUGACCAAAUACCCAACUUCCUAUUGUCACUUCAACAAGGACUUAUCUGAGCAAUACCCAGGUAAUAUAUUUUCACCUAUGAAAUCUGAAAACACAUAUUCCUAUACAGCUUUUGCUUGGUUGAAGUGCUUGGAGGGCAUAAAAGAUGGCGUGAGUUAUUUGGAAAAAUUGAAGAUUCGUACAAGAGGAGGGGAGAGAUUUGGUGUCGAUGCAAAGUAUGUUAGGGUUAGCAUGAUUUGUACAGAGGACGAGUUCAUUGAAUUAUGUACAAGAUUGUCAAAUGCUAAAAGGGAAUGA